CUAUCAGUGCCUUCCCACCACCCCCACCGGACGCAUCCUUGUAAAUCAGGUCGUCAUCCCCGUCGACCUGCAGCUCCCGUCCUACCCGCUUCAAAGCUUCUACAAGCCCGUUGGGCCAAUUCCAUCAAGAAAAAGCAGCCAUCUUCAGCCAGCAGUUCCCACCCACAAACGGCGAUCCGCUUCAUCAUCGACCUCCUUGUAGCAAUCAUUCACCAUAGACCCUACCAUGGAUUCGCAAUAAAAGCAUUUGUUGAAGCUGCAAACAAUCGAAACCAUGGCUUCUGUGCGCAUCUGCGUUUGCGGUGAUGAGGGCACCGGCAAGUCCAGCCUCAUUGCGUCGCUUGUCAAAGAUGUCUUCAUCUCCAACAAGAUCCAAUCCGUCCUCCCCUCCAUCACGAUCCCUCCACAACUGGGCACCCCCGAGAACGUUACGACCACCAUUGUCGACACUUCCGCCCGCCCUCAGGACCGAACGACCCUCAGGAAAGAGAUACGGAAAUGCAACGUCAUCCUUCUCGUCUACUCGGACCACUACAGCUAUGAGCGUGUUGCCCUGUUCUGGAUGCCCUACUUCCGCUCCCUCGGUGUCAAUGUUCCCGUCGUACUAUGCGCGAACAAGUCCGACCUGACGGGCGAAGGAAACACGCCACAGGUAGUCGAAGGCGAGAUGCUACCUGUCAUGUCCGAGUUCCGCGAAAUCGAUUCGUGCAUACGCUCGAGCGCGAGGGAGCACCGAAACGUCAAUGAAGUUUUCUUCCUGUGUCAAAAGGCCGUCACCCACCCCAUCGCCCCGCUGUUCGACUACAAGGAGGGUAAUUUGAAGCCAGCUUGUGUCGACGCCCUCAAACGCAUUUUCUACCUAUGCGAUAAGGACCAAGACGGGUGGCUCAAUGAUCAAGAGAUGCAUAACUUCCAGUCCAAGUGCUUUGACAAACCCCUGACCCCCGAAGAUCUCGAGAACAUCAAGCUGUCGAUUGGCAAGUCUGUCCCGCACUUGUCGACAGAGAAGGGUAUCGACCAGAGAGGCUUCUUACAACUCAACAAACUCUACGCGGAGAAGGGUCGGCACGAGACGAUAUGGAUCAUACUGCGCAAGUUCCGCUACACCGACAGCUUGAGCUUGGAAGAUAGCUUCUUACGACCCAAGUUUGAUGUACCCGAGUAUUCAUCCGCAGAAUUGAGCCCGGCUGGUUAUCGCUUCUUCGUUGAUCUAUUCUUGCUGUUUGACAAGGACAACGAUGGUGGUCUCAACGACAAAGAGCUAGAGGCCCUUUUCGCGCCGACGCCAGGACUUCCUGCCUCCUGGAUUGAAACAUCCUUCCCAUCGUCGACCGUACGCAAUGAGGCUGGACAUGUCACACUGCAAGGAUGGCUCGCUCAAUGGAGCAUGACCACCUUUAUGGAGCCCAAGACCACGCUCGAGUAUUUGGCGUACCUUGGUUUCGAGCCUGCAACCGCCAGGGAAACCACGACAGCUGCUCUGAAGGUGACCAAGUCGCGUAAGCGCAGGAGACGCCCGGGCAAGGUAGAACGCAAUGUCGUACUGUGUUACGUCCUGGGUGCUUCCGGGGCUGGCAAGUCUUCAUUGCUGGACGCCUUCCUGAAUCGGCCGUUUGACACUCUCCACCGACCGACGAUCAAGCCGCGCCGAGCCGUCAACAGCGUAGAGCUUCCUGGUGGCAAGCAGUGUUACAUGAUCAUGGAAGAGCUGGGUGAGCUCGAGCCCGCGAUAUUGGAUAACCAGGCCAAGCUCGACGCUUGCGAUCUUAUUUGCUACACGUACGAUUCCUCGGAUCCUGACUCCUUCUCUCACAUCGUCGACCUGCGCAAGCGAUACCCGCAACUGGACGACCUUCCCAACAUCUACACAGCUCUGAAGGCGGACAAGGAUAAGACAACGCAGCGCAGCGAGACGCAGCCAGACACGUACACGUCAAGCCUCAUGAUGAGCACGCCCCUUCACGUCACAGUGAAGUGGUCCAGUAUCAGCGAGCUGUUCAUUGCCCUUGCCGAGGCGGCGACGAAUCCCAGCACCGCGUUCCCUCGAAGCGAAGAGGAGCCACCAGACCGCACAAGCCUCUAUCUCGCUCUGGGCGCGACGGCCUGCGCUGGAGUUGCGGCUUUCAUGAUCUGGCGACGAUCGACGACGUCCGCUUAGAGGAGGGCUCGAGUCUAGGCGCUUUGUUUUCCCCUCGCUUGCAUCUGCUCGGAGUUGGCGCGAUUUCGCAUGUCUCAUCAUCCACUCGUUGAAAUACAAUUAUGAUACCCAACUCCGCCCUACACAUAUAACUAGGAACUUAGUCUCUAAUCAACGUAAUAUCACCGCAUCUUUCAGGUCAAAUAUCUCUUGUCCCCUA